GCCAUCUAUAGACUCACUGCCACAGAGGCGAGCCCCUUUAACCGGCUUAACGCGCGGGGAUGGUCACAUCGUCAUUCCCUCUCUAUCUGAUCUCAUUCAUCCCUUGCAUCCAUUACAUCCACUUCAUCUUUGACGCCUGCUCAGACUCUCUGCACCAUGGAAACCUAUCUCAACAACGCCAAACAAUUCCUGGGAACCGAGGAGGGUCAGAAGAUGGAGAAGCAGUUUGAGAGCUCUACCGGUAUCAACGUUGACCAAUACCUGGGCGGAAACAACAACAACAACAACAACAAUAACAACCAGGGACAGGGAAACCAAGGCAACUCUGGCUUCGGUGGCAACAAUGACAACAACAAUGACAACAGCUACGACCAGAACCAAGGUCAAAACCAGAACCAAGGACAAGACCAAUACAAUGCUGCCAGUUCCUCUACCGACGCAUUCGGCAACCAAGGACAAGAUGGACAAUACGGCCAACCCGGUGCUUACGGAGCCGUCCGAGGCGAGGGCCUCGGUGGAGCUCUGAACCAGAACCAAGACCAGAACCAAGGAGGAUACGGUGGACAACAAGGACAGAGUGCCUAUGAAGGCAUGGACCAAGGAGACAGCACAUCCACGGGCGGAUAUGGAGGAGCGGCUUUCUCCCGGGCCAAUCAGAUGGGUGCUGAUGCCCACAAUGAUGGAGACAGCGACGAUGGCCUUGCGGGAGGAUACAAGACUGGCACCAGUACUCCUGGCUACAGACAAGAAGGAGAUGUCGAUGCCGAAGCAGCAGAGAACAGGAUACGCAACCAAAACAUCAACGUUUAUGGACAGCAAGCGAACGAGGCGGCGGAAAAGGAUGACCAGUACCACGAGCCGAACAUCUGAGAAGGGCAACAUACGAGACGUUGAGCGACAAGGCACGCAUCGUGGGUAGGAGUGAGAGUCUGAGAACUGCAUCAAUAGCAUAUCAAUAGUUGGUCAUGCAUGCACAAGCAUUGAAAGGCAUCCA